UCCGGCAGCUGUAGCGUCUGUCGGGAGAGGACUUGAAUUUUGGGGGUCUGCUGCACUUGAGUGACAUAGCGAGCAAAGGGGGAUUUCCCGCAGGUGUUUUUUGCCUGAAUGCUAAAUCUCUAGGAGACCCUCCUCACAUGAGUGUUGGUGAAAAUGGGGGAUACAAGGGACAUGUGUCCUCACCUGGAUUCCAUAGGAGAGGUGACCAGGGACGAUCUGCUGCUCAAAUCCAAGGGGACUUGCCAGUCUUGUGGAGCUGUGGGACCAAACCUCUGGGCUUGUCUUCAGAUUGGUUGUCCUUACGUUGGUUGUGGGGAGUCCUUUGCUGACCACAGCACACUUCAUGCACAGGCCAAGAAGCACAACCUGACAGUGAACCUGACCACGUUCCGUGUGUGGUGCUAUGCCUGUGAGAAGGAGGUGUUCCUGGAGCAGCGCCUGGCAGCUCAGCCACCCUCACCCCCCAUCAAGUUCCCUGAGCCGGAUUCUCCUUUGCCUGCUCAUCCUCUGAAAGCUGUUCCAAUUGCUGUGGCUGAUGAAGGUGAAUCUGAAUCAGAGGAUGAUGAUUUGAAACCAAGAGGCCUUACUGGAAUGAAAAAUCUUGGGAACUCCUGCUAUAUGAAUGCAGCACUUCAGGCUCUGUCAAACUGCCCACCUCUCACACAGUUUUUCCUGGAAUGUGGUGGACUGGUCCGUACGGAUAAGAAACCUGCUCUGUGCAAAAGUUACCAGAAAUUGGUGUCUGAGGUUUGGCACAAGAAACGCCCGAGUUAUGUUGUUCCAAGCAGUCUAUCCCAUGGAAUCAAGCUUGUCAAUCCCAUGUUUCGAGGCUAUGCACAGCAGGACACCCAGGAGUUCCUGCGAUGCCUGAUGGAUCAGCUCCAUGAAGAAUUGAAGGAACCCAUUGUUGCAGAAACGAGGGAUUUGGACACCAGUGACCAGGAGGACAAGCGGGAGGGUGACAGAAGCCCUUCAGAGGAUGAGUUCCUCUCCUGUGACUCCAGCAGUGACAGGGGUGAAGGAGAGGGCCAGAGUCGGACCUCAGGGAGCAUGGGCAGCAGCUCCCUGGCAGAGACAGAGCUGCUGAUCCAGGAUGAAGCAGGGAGAGGGAUCUCAGAGAAAGAGAGGAUGAAGGACAGAAAGUUCUCCUGCGGCCAUCGGCGCAGCAACUCAGAGCAGGUGGAUGAGGAUGCAGAUGUUGAUACUACAAUGAUGUCAGUCGAUGGCAGAGCCUCACCUGAGAUGCUGCCAGCUCCCUGUCCUGCCAGCCCGUGUAGGACACCAGAACCUGACAAUGAUGCCUAUGUGCGCUGCUCCUCGCGCCCUUGCAGUCCAGUCCAUCAUGAAAUGCACUCCAAGCUCUCCAGCAGUCCUCCCCGCUCCAGUCCUGCCAGGCUUGGACCUUCCUACAUACUCAAGAAAGCCCAGAUGCAGGCUUCUGGGAAAAAGAAGAAAGAGCUCCGUUACCGCAGUGUGAUUUCUGACAUCUUUGAUGGCUCCAUCCUCAGCCUGGUGCAGUGCCUCACCUGCGACAGAGUUUCUACAACAGUGGAGACGUUCCAGGACCUGUCACUCCCAAUCCCAGGGAAAGAGGACUUGGCCAAGCUGCACUCUGCCAUCUACCAAAACGUGCCAGCCAAGACAGGGGCAUGUGGGGACAACUAUGCCUCGCAAGGCUGGAUUGCUUUCAUCAUGGAGUAUAUCCGGAGAUUUGUGGUGUCCUGUAUCCCUAGCUGGUUUUGGGGUCCUGUGGUGACACUGGAGGAUUGCCUUGCUGCCUUUUUUGCAGCAGAUGAGUUGAAGGGGGACAACAUGUACAGCUGUGAACGGUGUAAGAAGCUGCGGAAUGGAGUAAAGUACUGCAAAGUCCUCCGGCUCCCAGAGAUUCUUUGCAUCCACUUGAAACGGUUCCGGCACGAGGUGAUGUAUUCCUUCAAGAUCAACAGCCACGUCUCCUUCCCCUUGGAAGGGCUGGAUCUGCGACCUUUCCUCGCCAAGGAGUGCGUGUCCCAGAUCACCACCUACGACCUCCUGUCUGUCAUCUGUCACCACGGCACGGCUGGCAGUGGCCACUACAUCGCCUACUGCCAGAAUGUGAUCAAUGGCCAGUGGUACGAGUUUGAUGACCAGUAUGUCACCGAGGUCCACGAGACUGUGGUGCAGAAUGCAGAAGCCUAUGUGCUGUUCUACAGGAAAAGCAGUGAGGAGGCUGUGCGAGAGCGUCAGAAGGUCGUGUCCCUGGCCAGCAUGAAGGAGCACAGUUUACUCCAGUUCUACAUCUCUCGAGAGUGGCUCAAUAAAUUCAACACCUUUGCUGAGCCUGGGCCCAUCACCAACCACACCUUUCUGUGCUCCCAUGGAGGGAUCCCACCUAAUAAAUACCAUUACAUUGAUGACCUAGUUGUGAUUCUGCCCCAAAACGUGUGGGAAUAUCUCUACAACAGGUUUGGGGGUGGCCCUGCAGUGAACCAUCUGUACGUGUGCUCCAUUUGCCAAGUGGAGAUCGAAGCCCUCGCCAAGCGCAGGAGGAUCGAAAUCGACACUUUCAUCAAGCUGAACAAGGCUUUCCAGGCAGAGGAGUCUCCAAGUGUCAUCUACUGUAUCAGCAUGCAGUGGUUCCGGGAGUGGGAGGCCUUUGUCAAGGGCAAGGAUAACGAGCCCCCUGGACCAAUUGACAACACCAAGAUUGCCCUCACAAAACCAGGUGGCCACGUGCAAGUCAAGCAGGGUGCUGACUACGGGCAGAUCUCCGAGGAGACGUGGGUUUAUUUAAGCACCCUGUACGGAGGGGGCCCAGAGAUUGCCAUCAGACAGAACGUGGCCCAGGUGCAGGAACUGGAGAACCUCCACGGGGAGCAGAAGAUUGAAGCAGAGACACGAGCAGUGUGAUCUGUGCUGAUGGGGCAGGGCAGGGAUGGCACAGGUACCUCCGUGGGGGACGGGAGGCUGGGAAUCCUGAGGGGUCCAACAUCCUCUGUUGUCUGGGACUCAAGGUGUGUGCAGCUCCCCCGCCACUCCCGGGGCAGGCAGGCUUCCUCCUCCUCCUUUCACGUGGCUCUGAGCACGGGCUGGUGCUGGGAGAGACUGGGACAAAGCUCUGCACCUCACCUCUGGCUGAAGCCGUGGUCUGAGGCUGCAGCCACAGUCACAGGGUUGUCCUGACCUAAGCCCCCUCCCUUUCCUUACACCAAUCCAGCACUCCCAACUUGUCCCCAGUGCACUGAGCUCUGCUCCUUUGCAGGUUUUGCUUUUGGCACUUCUCUUUUUAAUUCAAAUGUGUAAAGAUAAUGAGACAUUAUUUAUGUUUCCAGCGGGCAGUGUUGCAACCAGAAAAACCUGUUUUUGAGUCUGAGUAAAGCCACGAGGUCUCCCUGUGGUUUUUUGCUGGUGGUGUUGUCACAAAUUCCUAGUUUUUCUCUUUGUCAAAUUCUUGAAAAUUCUUAGUUGCAAUCAACUAAGAAAUUUGGAAAGAAGCUAUUCCCUUCUCCUUUCACUCCCAAAGCCACACCUUCAUGGUCCUGCAGAAUUUUAUUUUCUCCAUGUGUUUGAGCUCCUAUGUUCAGCACAUUUUUGGACAACAAAGCUGGAAGGCAAGUCCUCCUUCCCAAAGCCUUCCUCAGACUUACCCUUCCACGAGCCUGUGUCUGUCUCCCCUCAGCUGGUGAGGAGCUGAGGGGGGUGAAGCUGAGGAGGAGCCCUUUGUUCACAGUGAGGGCCCCAGAGCCCCUUCAGAGGGGUCACCUGGGGCUGGGGAGAGCCUGGCUGAGCAGGGCCCAGGAUGGUGAACCAGCUUUUUAGGAAUGAGCUCUUUCUGCAAACAAGCCCCCACCUGUGUGCUGAGGUCAUUGCAGAUGUCCUUUGUGUGUGCAGUGGCUCACUUAGUGAAUUUGCUCCCAGAUCUACUGUCACCAAUGCACCAGAGACAGGAAUGAGGGAAAAAAAGGCCAAACCCCACUUUUCUCAGCAGGGCUUUUCUAACAUGUUUUUUGUUCUUGCAGCAAGGCAAGAGUUUAAACUUUGCAAGUCUUUGAGUGCAGUUUAAUGGAGGCAGAGCAGGCAGAGCUGCCUCCCAGGGCCUGAGGAGCCAAACUGUGCUCAUGGUGUAGGUGAUGCCACAGCACCAGGUCUGGCCUUAGUGUGCCAGACUCUGCAUGGAGCUGGGACCUCCUGAGCUCCUCACGAAAAAUGGGAAGAAGGGAGGGAGGGAAAGGCUGCUCCUUGACUUAGAGAUAGAAGGGGGUAGGAUGGGAGAAUUUGAGAAGAAAAUGUGGCCUUCAUGUUAUUUUUUUUAAUUUUUUUUUUUAGAUCAAAUGUUUGUUGCAUAAAGCAACUUCUUUAAAAAUUGUCUGUAAUUGAUUCAGCAUGUUAAUUUUACAAUCCUGUUCAUGGGAUGCUUGUUUAGACCCAGCCAGAUCCUAGGGGAGGUCAGAGAAUGAGCCACUGUUGAGAUCCUCAUUGUUCCAAGGUGUCUUUAUUCCCCACUGCAGCAGCCCUGCAGGGAUCUGCUGCAGAGCCUGCAGGGCUGCAUGUCCAUGUUGUCUGUGUUCCAGAGGGUGCUGUACAGACUGUAAUGACACUCCUGUGCUUCAGUGUUAGACCUUGUGCUGAAAGUGGUACAAUAAAUACAUGUGCAUUCAACAAGG